AUGACAUAUUCAGAUGAACUACUGGAACAAAAAUCAACAUCUGAUGAAUCUCAUAGAUCUUUAGAACAAACCACAUCUUAUGAAAUAUAUCCUAUAAGAUCAUUACAAACUCAUCAAUCAAUUAAUACAUAUUCAAGUAAAAAAUCAGAACUUUCAAGAAUAAUAAGUGGGAUAAAAGAUGAUCAAAUACAAAGUAAUAAAGAUUACGUAGAUAGAGGUGAUGCUGAUUUUUUAGUGGCUCAAGAAAUUGAUAGAGCCACAAGUAGGAAUAUUCAAAGUAUACAAGAAGAAGAACCAAUAAAAGAAGAACAAGAAGAUCAUCCACCUGAUGGUGCUUUUGCUUGGGUAAUGGCAACUUGUGCAAUGUUGGGAGUUUUUUCAACUUGGGGUGCAAAUGCUGGAUUUGGUGUAUUUUUAAAUUAUUAUUUAAAUUCAAAUACUUUUCCUGAAGCUACUGAAUAUGAUUUUGCAUUAAUUGGUGGUAUUGUUGUAUUUUUAGCAAAUUUUUUAUCUCCUAUAUCUGCAUUUCUUUAUAAAGUGUUAGGAUUUAAAUAUGUUUGUGGAAUUGGAAUUAUUUUCCAAACUUUAGGUUGGAUUUGUGCAUCUUUUGCUACAAAAGUUUGGCAUUUAUAUUUAUCACAAGGAGUAGCUGUUGGAAUAUCUUUUUCAUUAAUUUUUAUACCUGCAACUUUAAUUUUACCAACUUGGUUUGUUAAACAAAGAGCAGGAUCAAUGGGACUUUGUGUUUCUGGUGCUGGAUUAGGUGGGUUGAUUUUUUCCCUUAGUGUUAAUAAAGUCAUUCAAGAUACUGGUGAUCAAAGAUGGGCUUUAAGAAUGGUUGGAUUUGUUACUUUAUUUUCAGCUGCAACUUGUGCAUUAAUGAUGAGACCUAGAAAUUCCAGUAGUAUUCCACCAUUUAAAGAAAGAAUUAGUAAGGAAUAUAUGUUGGAGAAUUUCAAGGUUAUUUUUGAUCCAAAAGUUUUUAAAAAUUGGGGUGUUUGUAUAUUAAGUUUAUGGUUUGCUAUUGCAUUAAUAGGGUAUACUUUAAUGUUAUUUAGUUUAUCAUCUUAUGCUUCUGCUAUAGGUUUAAGUCAUCAACAAGGUUCUGUGCUCACGGCAGUUAUGAAUGCUGCUCAAAUUAUUGGAAGACCGUGUAUGGGUUUAACUGCUGAUAAAUAUGGUAGAGCAAAUUUCACUGGUUGUUGUUGCUUAUUAAUUAGUAUUUUAUUGUAUGCAUUUUGGAUUAAUGCAAAGACUUUUGGAUCAUUGAUUGCAUUUGCGGUAAUUAUUGGGUUUAUUAUUGGUAUUGGUUCAUCAUUAGCACAACCAUUAGCUGCUGAUUCGUUAGAAGGACAACUUGAAAAACUACCCGCUGGUUGGUCAGGGAUCAAUAUCUUUGUGUCUUUCUUUUGUUUAGUUUCUGAAGUUAUUGCAUUGUCUUUGGUUGAUGAAUCAUUGUCAAAUCCUUAUUUGCAUACACAGAUCUUUGCUGGUACUUGUUUUUUCAGUUGCUUUUUGUUGAUUUUAAUACUAAGAGAGUAUUUAGUUAAAAAAGUUUUGAGGGUGAGGUAUGAAGAUACAAAAUUAAAAUUAGAAAAACUUAGUGGUGUUACUAAAAGUGGGUACCUUAAAAUAGAUGAAAAAGUUGAGGAAGUUGAAGAGACUGAGGAAUUGCUACAGGAGAAAAUAGAGAGGUAUGAACAUUUAUUAAGAAACAAUUUAGUGACUUAUUGCAUGAGAGUUGUAUAUCCUAUAAAAGUAUAG